CAGUCGAAACAAUAUCUCCAAACGCAUACCAUCCCGGACGCCUCGCCCGCCGACAUCUACAGCGUCGCAACCACUUCUAGCCAACUCAUUACCGCUUCUGGUUCAUCUUCACUACACGUUUACUCGACUGCUCCCACCAACGACGAGAACAACCCUUAUCCUCUAGUCCAAACCCUGCAAGAUGCGCACAAACUCGGUGCCCACCACAUCGCCGUCAGCGCCAAUGGCAAGACUGCCGCAUCAGCUGGCUUUGGUGGUGAGCUGAAGGUCUGGUCCAUCGACGACGAGUCUUCGCAAUGGGCACUCAAGGGCUCAAUAACAGCACAAGCAAAAAACGCGGGCGAGAUCUGGGCAGUCGCCCUGAGCGAAGACGGCCAAUUCCUCGCCGCUACAACCUUUGAUGGCCGCACCAAUGUCUGGGAUCUCAACACCCUGUCCUCCGAAGGCGCCACAAAACUCCGCGAGUACGAGACAAAAGGCAGUUUCGGCAUGAGUGUUGCGCUGUCUGCCGAUGGCGAGUUCACUGCUUCUGGACAUGCAAAUGGAGCUGUGUAUCUAUUCAACAACACUACUGGUAGAUUGGCGCAUUCGCUGCAAGGGCUGGUCAAGCCUGUGAGGACGGUUGCUUUCUCGCCUGCGAGCAAGUUCCUUGCUGCUGGCGGUGAUGCGAAGAUUAUUGCUUUGUAUGAUGUCAAGAAUGGCGAGCAGGUGGCCAACCUCACUGGCUCGCAGAGUUGGGUCAUGAGUCUGGACUGGAGCACUUCGGGUGAAAAUCUCCUGAGCGGUGCUUAUGACGGCAAGGCAAAGGUAUGGAGUGUUGAGCGCCGCGAGUGUGUCGCUACUCAGACCGAGUCAGACAAGACACUCUGGGCUGUAAAGUGGCUCCCCAAGACGUCCAUGACAAGAAACGAGACCUUUGUCACAGCUGGUGCAAACAGAAGCAUCAGCUUCUACCGUGAAGCUAGCGGCGGUUGA